UGUUUUGUUAUUGUUGUUGUUGUACUUAUUUGUUUUGAAGUGAAGGCAGUCUGUUGGCCAUGCUGUUAUUGUGCAGGAUUUUCACUUGUUUGUGCCAUAUUGUUUUCAUCUAUAGUUUCGGCCACAGAUUUGCGUCAACUCAUGGUAAUAAAGUUCACCUCCAAUGUCGUGGACCCGCCUGCCCUUCUAUACAUGGGCGUGGAUAAAUAUGAAAACGAGGAGCUUAUAAAGGUAAGUAUGGAUGGCCAGAAGAUGUUUGGUUUCUACGUGACAGGUAUCUUCGCCACAGUUUACUUGCGGUUACCGAAGGGUAUGACUAUCGACACGAUACCGCAGGCAUUGAUCGAUGAUUGUUGUCAGCUUGUGAAAGCGAUGAUUCAUCAAUCGAUGGAAAUAAGAUGA